AUGAAUUAUAGUUGUGCAAUAGAUCCCAAUAGGUUACUUAAAUAUCCUCGUGAACGAAUUAUCUCAGUACAAGAGCAACAAAAAACUAGAGAAGAAGUUCUACCAGAAUAUAAUCUAAAUAGUCUUCGACGAGGAUUUGGUCAACUAAACGAUAUUCAAUAUGAAACAGUAAAAUUAGGCAAACCAUCUCUAGUUAUACAUUCAUCAACAUUAGAAAAAAAUGAAAAUGAUAUUGUUACAUUUACAAAUUAUGUACUCAAUGAACUUGCUAAAACUGAAUUAAGGAAACGAUUUGCUAUUGUUCAUACAGAAAAAUAUAUUUAUAUCGUUGGUGGUUAUAUUUAUGAUCCUCAGAUUCCAGUACGAAGAAAAGCUCUGCACGAUUACAAGUACGAUAUACAAACGAGUAAAUUAAUACCUAUACAAGCAUUACCAAACGCAGCUAUUUGCUUUGGAUUGUGCUGUGAUGAAAAUUAUAUUUAUGCGAUUGGAGGAAAUACUCUUGAUAAUAAAGUACUAACUGAUUGUUAUGGUUUGAUGUUGAAGAAUUCUAAUGAAACAUGGAUAAAACUACCUGAUCUUCCAGCACCAACAAGUGGACCUGGAGUAGGUGUACAUAAUAAUAUAUUGCAUUGUAUUGGAGGAUAUGAUAUUCUUGGAAAUAAAUCAAUCGCUCAUGGUGAAUAUCUUACACUUCGAUAUCCACAAGAUAAACAAUGGCGAUAUGUUUCUCAAAUCGAUACUGUUCGUGCUCUACCAUUAGUUUUUAUUAUUCCAGGUAAUUCAAUUAAUGAACAAAAUGUAUACGUUGCAGGUGGUUUCAAUGUUAAUUCACAUACUCAUAAAACAUAUAUUGUACCUGAUCUUCAAGUAUUUAAUCAAAUAACUCAACGUUGGCAACGUGUUACAGCAAUUCCUGAUUUAGAACUAUCACAUGCAUUGUCAUUUAAUAAUGAUAAAUUACAUAUUAGUGAAAUAAUUGAAUUACCUAAUGAAUUACCAAUGACAAAUAUUUUACGUAGUUUUGAUCUUCAAAAACUUAUUUGGACCAAUGGAAAAGAUAAUAAUGAUAACAAAAGAAUAAAGAUACCAGAGAAACCAUUACAGUCAUCAUCUAAUCUUUCAUCGGAUGUAAAAAAAAUACCAAAUAUACUUGCUAAAACAAAGAUAUCAACAUUAAAGUUUGCUACAUUUUUUAAAUCUAUUUUGUAA